AUGUCUGAUACUCCGAGAAAUGCUGGAGAAAUCGUCAGAAUUGAAACGUAUAAUUUUAUGUCUUAUGAUAAUUUCAAAAUUUAUCCUAGGAGUAACCUAAAUUUAAUAAUUGGUCCCAAUGGAACUGGGAAAUCAUCAAUUGUGUGUGCAGUACUACUUUGUAUUGGGGGAAAACUUAAAACAUUAGGUAGAGCUGAUCAUUUGAGCUCUUACAUAAAAAGUGGAUGUAAUGAAAGUAAAAUUGAAAUAGAAUUAUUUAAUCCAGAUGGUCCCAAUGAUGUCAUUACCAGAAAAUUUUUUACAAAUAAUCAUUCGGAAUUUUUUUUAAAUGGCAAGUCGAUAACUGGAAAGAAGUUGGAGCAACUAAGAUGUAAUUACAAAAUAGAACCUGACAAUUUAUGUACAUUUUUACCACAAGAAAGAGUUCAAGAUUUUGCCAAAUUAAAUUCUCAGCAAUUAUUAGAUCAAACUCAAAGAAUUAUCGGAAAUGGCGAAUUAAUACGACAAUUUGAAACGAUGAAAACUUUUCAAAAGGAAACAAUCGAUUUAGAAAAAAGAUUUGAAAUUUUACAAAUGGAACUUGAAAAAGAAAAACAAAAAAAUGAUAAAAUUAAAGAUCAGGUUAAAUUUUUUAAAGAGAAACAAAAAUUAAUCGAAAAGCUUGGAUUUUUAAAACAAAAACUAGCAUGGGUUACCUACUUACAAGAAAACAAUCGAAAAAAUAAAAUAAAUGAAAAAAUAAAAUUAGUCGAAAAAAUUUAUUUAGAACAUAACGAAUAUGUGGAUUACUGCGAUAAAGUACUUAAAGAAAUUAAUAACAGGAUAGAAUUAUUGGAACAGAAAAUAAAUGAAGUGAAAAAAAAUGAAGCGGGAAAAAAAAUAUUAGUGCAAGAAAGAAUAAAGAAAGCCAAAAGCGGUUUUAACGAAUUAAAAAAAUUUCAAAAUUUACUACAAUCGAAAUUAGAUGAAGAAAAUAAGAAAAAAAUCGAAUUGUUAAAUUAUAAAGAAAAUCAAGAAAAAUUACAAAACGAUUUAAAAAAUUUCGAUGAAGAAAUAGGAACGGAAUCGAAUUUAAAUUUACAAAUGAAAGAAAUAGAAAUGAAAUUUAAAAAACUUCACGAAGAAGAAAGUCGAUUAAAUCAUGAAAAAUUUAAUUUAGAAGAAAAUGGUGAUUCUAUUAAACAAGAUGUGAGAAAUAUAAGUCACGAAUGUAAAAUUCUUAAACAACGACAAAAUCAUCGUUUGGAAUAUUUGAAAAAAAACGAAACCGACGUUUGUAAAUCAAUGGAUUGGUUAAAAGAAAACCGGCAUUUGUUUAAAUCUCACAUAUAUAAUCCGAUCCUUUUAGAGAUAGACAUAACCGAUCCUACUAUGGCAAAAUAUAUAGAAUCGCGAAUAAAUUACAACGAUUUAAUUUCGUUUCUCUGCACAAAUCCCGACGAUUUAAAUUUAUUCGUACAAAAACUUAGAAAGGAAAAAAAUUAUAAAAUAAAUGUUAUAUGUUCGGACGUGAAUGAAAAUAGUCAAUACCAUUCCGAAAUCCCAAUCUCCGACUUGAAAAAUUAUGGUUUUUUUGCUUACCUUCAGGAUUAUAUUUCCGGACCUGAAGACAUAAUUCGUUUCUUGUGUAAAACGUAUAAAAUUCAUCGGGUUCCCAUUGGCGAUGAAAGAGUUAAAGAAAAUUGCGAAAAAAUUCCAAGAAGCAUUCCACUUUUUUUCUCCAAAGAUUAUGUUUUCACCGUUAAAUAUUCCGUUUACAGCGGGAGUAAAGCUUUAAACGUUAAAAAACUUCAACCUCCGAGAUUUUUUGGUCAAUCGACGGAUACUCAACGCAUAAAAUUUCUCCAAAAUAGGGAAAAAGAAUUGGAAGAAUCCCUGCAACGAAAUCGAUCGGAAGUGUCCGAAGUCGAUGAAAAAAUAACAAAGAUAAGAAUGGAAUUAAUGGAAGUCAAAGGAAAAAGGAGAGAGAUAGGAACUCACAUACAAAAAAGGGAAAUGAUAGAAAUGAAUUUGAAAAGAGCGAGCGGUCAUUGUAAAUCCUUGCAAAACACAUUGAAAAAUCCCGAUGAAAUCGUUAAAGAAAUGAACGAUCAGGAAGAAAACAUAAUUAAAAAUUUGAUUAAAAAUAUAAAAAAUUUAAAACGUGCCAAUGUCGAUUAUCAAAAUGUUAAAAUAAAUCGUUUAAAUAUCGAAUUGGAAUAUAAAAUGGACUCUUUUAGAAAAAUUAAAGAGCGUUUAAAAGAGAGCGAACGUAAAUGUGAACAGCUUAAAACGAGAGCGAAAACUCUUACGAAUAACAUAUCGAUAGAAGAAAAACGUUUUUCACAAUUUAAAAAAAUAUUUUCCGAAUUACCCAAAACGGUAAACGAACUCGAAUCGAAAAUGGAUGCCGUACAAGCAAAAAGUGAAUUUUUACAAGGAAACGUCGAAAUUUUGAACGAAUAUGAAAAAAGAGAAGAGAAAAUAUUUCAAAUGACGUCAUCAUUCGAAAGCAGUAGAAAAAAUAUAGAAGAUAGAAAAAGAGAAUUGACGAGAAUGCGAGGAGAAUGGUUGGAUCCGAUAAACGAACUCGUGUCGAAAAUAAAUAAAAGAUUUGAAAAAUAUUUCGAAGCCAUGGGAUGCGCGGGUGAAAUCAGUUUGGAUCAAGGCGGUGGUGGAGGAAAUCAAGAUGCGACGGCGGAUUUGGAUAAAUACGGAAUAAAGAUAAAAGUUAAAUUUAGAGACGGGAUACCUUUGGAAGAGCUCGGACGGUAUUUUCAAAGCGGCGGUGAAAGAGCCGUGACUACGGCCCUGUACAUGUUAGCUCUUCAAAAAAUCAUUUCCGUUCCCUUCAGGUUCAUCGACGAAAUCAAUCAGGGAAUGGAUCCCAUAAACGAAAAAAGAAUAAUUGAAAUAUUGAUGAAAGUAACAUCGCAAAAAAAUUCAAGUCAAUAUUUUUUUAUUACGCCAAAGUUAUUACCUAAUAUAAAAUACUCUGAAAAAUUAACAGUUCAUUGCAUAAAUAGCGGACCAUACGUCGAACCAUCUAGCAAAUGGAGUCGUCCGAAUUUAUUAUUAUAUCGUAGCGAAGAAGCAGAAGACGACAGCAGCUAA